AUGGACAUCGACACCACCCGCCGCAACAGGACGCCCAGGCCACUUUCCGACUCAGAACGUGCCCGUCUAGAAGAAUACAUCGACUCUAUCCACUAUUCAUCUCGGUACAGCGACGACCAGUACGAGUACCGCCACGUCCAGCUUCCCAAGGCUAUGCUCCGUGCUAUCCCUAGGGAGUACCACGAUUCGUCCAAGGGAACGCUCAAGCUGUUGUGGGAAGAGGAAUGGCGCGCCCUAGGUAUCACGCAGAGCUUGGGAUGGGAGCAUUACGAGGUGCAUGAGCCGGAGCCGCACAUUCUUCUCUUCAAGUCGAAAUGA